AUGGGUUGUCUCUUUCAUUGCUUCCGUGCCAGAGACGAGCAAUCGCAAUCUGCGAGUGAUUCCGUCUCUCAUCCUUCUCGCGUCGAGUCCAAAAGAGGCCAUGACUCGAAGAAUCGUUUGUCAGCAUUGUUUCUUUCUGAAGAGAAAGCAGAUUCUUCGCCUUCUCAUGGCAGAGAGGUCUCUGAUUUGGAUUCUAUGCAUAUUGGCAAAGAUCUGAAGGAUAAGUUACAGGCUCAAUUUCUUAAAGCUUGCGGCACAACACCUGCGACACCGAUUGAAAUUAGAAAAGCAGCUGAAAAACUGGAAACUCCUCAACGUGGAAAACAGUUUGGAUCUCCCCAGUCUCAUCCCUUGAUUUCCAGUAACUCUGAUGCUGUGUUUCACUUGGAUGAGAAAACAGAUGAACCCUGUGAAGAGGUUUCAGAGCAAACUCCUAGCAGUUGCUUAACCGAUGCGGUAAGUUGUGCAAGGAUCUCUGCUGGAUUCAGUGAUGCUGGUGAAGAAAGCCAAGAAAGCAUUGGUACUUCGUUCAGGGAUGGGGUGGAUAGAACCGGCAAGGUGUCACUCAAAGCUGGAAAGAUUACGAGAAAGACAAAGUCAGUGCGGUUUGAAUUGGAUAUUGAUCAACCUUACCCUUCUAGUUCUUCCAAGAAAAGCGCUUCAAGGAUACCUAAGAAGCCUAGCAAAAUAAAUAUCUCAGCAACCUCGCAUAAUCCGACGACACUGAAGCUAUGUGAUGAAAUUCAAACUCCUGUAACCAUUUUUCCUGCAAAUCUGGACCCAGAAGUAAGGGGAAGACCAAGAAUCAGGUCGCAGUUUGUGCAUUCAGCUUCCACUUUAACUGAAGAUUCCUCUAUAUGUAACAUUCCUGAAGAUUCAGAGGAGAGCGUAGAACAAGCUGAAGUGCAGGCUUGCAAAGCGAAUACAGAAACUGAAUCUCCCACAUCAGAAACUUUGGAAGAGAGUUCAGAUGAGAAAUACGAGAUAGGUGAAACUAGUAUUUCUCCUAGAGUGAAGCAGAGCAAAGAGAUCAGUAACACAAAGAUGGAAGCUUUAUCCACCAUAACUCAUGGGGACAGGCCUAUCAUAGGAAUGGUUGCUGCUCACUGGAAUGAGGAAGAGCAAUCUCAAAUCUCACCCAAAUGGUGGGAUGGUAAUGGAAUACCAAACUCAACAAACAAGUACAAAGAGGACCAGAAAGUGAAUUGGCACGCAACAAGUUUCGAGGAGAGAUUAGAGAAAGCCCUCUCAGAAGAAAGUAGUCAAGGUUUUGUCCCUCCAAGGAAACUUAGAGUAAUGGAAGAAGCUGAAAGGGACACAGCUAUAUCGCAGAUGCAUCAUUCAGCGCAAUCCAAAUCAAUCGUUUCCUUUUGA